AUGUCUAACCUACCUAAGAUCCGGUGGGGUAUCAUUGCCACCGGUAUGAUAUCCUCAUGGUUUGUGCAGGAUCUGGUUCUGGACUGGCCAGAAGCAAAAGUAGAACACGUUGUCCAAGCUAUUGGCAGUUCAAAUAUUGAGAAGGGCCAAGAAUUUGCGAAAGAAUACUGCCCGAAACAAAGUCCAAAGGUCUAUAGCUCUUAUGAAGAAGUCUAUCGUGAUGCAGACGUGGAUAUUGUAUAUAUCGGAACUCCCCACGCGUUCCAUUAUCGCGAUUGCAUGGAGGCGAUUUCUGCGGGGAAGAAUGUCUUGUGCGAGAAAUCUUUCACUCUGAAUGCCAAACAGUCCAAGGAGAUAUUCAAUGCUGCUCGUGAGAAGAAUGUAUACGUGGCAGAAGCAAUGUGGCUCCGACAUCGACCAAUUUUCACUGAGCUCAAGCGAUUGCUCCAUGAAGAGAAGAUCAUCGGGGAUGUCUUCCGGGUGUUCGCAGAUUUUGCGUCUGGUGUUGAUAUUGCUUCACUUCCACCCACAUCCCGAUACCGCAACCUGAAAUUGGGAGCGGGAUCAUUGUUAGAUAUUGGGGUGUAUUCACUUACGUGGGUAAGAUUGGCGCUAGGUGGGAAUACGCCUGACCAGGCAGAGAUGCCGCUCAUUCUGGCCGCCCAAACCCACGAAGAAGGAGUUGAAGUGACUACCAGUGCAAUUUUGCAAUAUUCCUCGAGUGGAAAGCAGGGUAUCGUUACUUCAACUACCAAAUCCCUCGGUGCUCCUGGUGAGGUCUUUGCUGUUGUACAUGGGACUGAUGGUUACGUUGAGAUAGAAGGUAGGACACCAUCUGCACCGGAGUCUUUUACGGUGUGGAAGAAGCAGGAAGGGAAUCCUGGUCGUGCUUGUUUCCCAAGGGAGAUGUGCCAAGGGAAGAAAUACGAGUUUCCGACUCUGGGACGUGGCUUUGUUCACGAGGCUGAACAGACGGCCCUUGAUAUCCUCGAAGGCCGGAAAGAGAGCAGGAUUAUGCCAUGGGCUGAAACGGUGUAUAUGAUGGAUAUCAUGGAUGAAAUUCGACGACAGGGUAACACAAUAUAUCCUGGAGAGUGA